GACAGGCAAAAGUGGGUAACGAUUUUGAUAUUUAUUCAGGCGAAGUUGCCUCGCCCUACACCACCAUGACGAGCGUAGCCCCUGAUCCUGGCCUCAGGAAUGGUCGGGCAAAUGGACAUGGCAACGCCACAAACGGCGAAACAAAUGGGCCUGCCGAAGAAAAUACGGUCAACAUUAUCAACAAGAAUGGGAAGGUAAAGGUUAUAGUUCACGGGGAUAUCGAGGUGAAGUAUGGAGACCAGGCUACCCAACAUCAACAAAUCAGGGUCGAACCUCCUCCCGUCACGGUAAACGGAUGUCCCUUCUUGAACCCGAGGGGAGGCGAACAGAAGGUGAUCCGGACAAGGAACUAUGCCACUGGCGAGGAAACUGUGGACACCCUGCACAAGAAGAUUAUGGAGCCCACGCAAUGUACGGCCAAGCGGUGCAUGGGUUCAAUCAUGGGGAUCCAAAGAAUGACCAAGCCAGGUGAAGUGAAGUCAAAGGAAGAUGUGAUAAGCCAGGCUACUGAUUUCAUUGAACAAUUCUACGCAUCACUGAACAGGAGUGGCUCCCCUGUCCACACGAAGAGAUUGGGAGAUGUUCUAGCAUCAAUAGAAUCUACCGGUACAUACGACUUAACCCACAAUGAGUUGGUGUUCGGGGCUAGGACUGCUUGGAGGAACGCAGCAAGGUGCAUUGGAAGAAUCCAGUGGUCAAAACUACAGCUUUUCGAUGCGAGAAAUGUCCGAACUACAGCUGGGAUGUUCGAGGCUAUAUGCAACCAUAUCAAAUAUGCAACAAAUAAAGGAAUGCUGAGAUCAGCCAUCACGGUCUUUCCCCCAAGAUCGUCGCCUGGUCGUGAUUACAGGGUGUGGAAUGCGCAGUUUAUCGGGUACGCUGGGUAUAGGCAGGAGGAUGGCACAGUCGUUGGCGACAAGGCUGGCGUGGAGUUCACAGAGGUUUGCCAGCGGCUUGGUUGGAAGGGCAGGGGAGGCAUGUGGGACAUUCUCCCGCUAGUUCUGCAGGCCAACGGUGGAGAGCCAGACCUGUUUGAGAUCCCACUUGAUCUUGUAUUGGAAGUAAAUCUCAGUCAUCCCAAGUACCCCUGGUUCGAAGAGAUGGGAUUGAAGUGGUUUGCCGUCCCUGGUGUAUCGGGCAUGCUCUUGGACUGUGGUGGCCUCGAUUUCUCUGCCUGCCCCUUCAGCGGCUGGUACAUGGGGACUGAGAUUGGUGCCAGGGAUCUAUGCGACCCCCAAAGAUACAAUUUGUGUGAGACGAUUGCCAAUAAGAUGGGCUUGAACACCAAGAAUCUGAGUUCAUUGUGGAAAGACAAGGCCCUCGUCGAAUGCAAUAUCGCUGUUUUGCAUAGUUUCCAGCUCGCCAAAGUCACAAUCACGGAUCACCACUCGGCAGCGGAGUCAUUCAUGCAGCAUCUACAGAAUGAGCAAAAGCUUCGAGGUGGCUGUCCAGCUGAUUGGGUGUGGGUCGUGCCACCGAUCAGCGGCAGCAUAACGCCAGUCUUCCAUCAGGAGAUGGUCAGCUAUCAUCUGAAACCGUCCUAUGAUUAUCAGCCGAAUGCCUGGGAGACACACGUAUGGAAGGACGACACUUCGGAUGGUGCCGCCUUGCCAGGAACGAGGAGGAAGAAGAAGAUCCGUUUCAGGGAUGUUGCCCGGGCCAUGUCUCUGACGGCAAAGAUGAUGGGCCAGGCUCUGAAGACCCGUGUGAGGUGCACUAUUCUCUUCUCUACGGAGACAGGACGCUCGGAGAGAUUCGCCAACCGCGUCCGUGAUCUGUUCAAGCAUUCCUUUGACGCUCGGGUGAUGUGCAUGUCGGAAUUCGAUGCCGAACUGCUUCGAGAUGAAUCCAUGGUUCUUGUUGUGACCAGCACUUUUGGCAAUGGAGAACCACCGGGCAACGGAGUGGACUUCUCCAAGCAGUUGCACCGUUUAACUACUAUUGACAACAAGAAAAGAGCACUACCCUCGAGAGGAGAGUCGAUGAGGGAGAGCUAUACCAAGCGCAUGAAGAAGAGAGCUCAUCGUCAUGUGACUGGUGAUGUCGACCCGGACUCGGGGGCUGUGAAAGAGCUUGCAAAUUUAAGAUACUCCGUAUUUGCGCUCGGUUCUACUGCGUAUCCGAACUUCUGCGCCUUCGGACAUUACGUGAAUAACGUUCUGAAUGAGCUUGGCGGUGAGAAGCUCCUGGAUAUCGCCGAGGGAGAUGAGCUUUGCGGCCAAGAUGAUGCCUUCCUCAACUGGGUCCGAGGUACUUACAAGGCUGCCUGUGACGCCUUCUGUAUCACUACCACACAUGAUUCAUCAAAGAUCCUGGCCAAGACUGAUGACACGUGGAGGAUUGGGAAAUACCGCCUCCAACAGAAGACAGAGAAGACAGAGAAGAAGGAAGAUGACAUAUGUGAUGGCUGGAGUAAGAUACAUGGCAGGGCAGUCUACCCAUGUACACUCGUUGCAAGGCAACAGCUCCAGUCUAAGGAUUCUAGCCGAAAGACAAUUCUUGUGCGCCUGUCGACUGCUUGCAGCGAACAGGAGCUUUCCUAUCUGCCUGGCGACCACGUCAAGAUCUUCCCUACCAAUGAGAAAUGCUCUGUCGAUGCUUUACUUGCCAAGGUUAACAACGGGCCUCCUGCCGACCAUAUCAUUGAGGUCGAAGUUGCCUCUGAAGGAGCGGGAGGAGCCAUGCCGUUUGGUGGCGCAAGAACCUUUACAAAAAGUGACCGACUUCCAGCGUGUACGUUCCGGACAGCUCUCAGUCGCUACCUUGACAUUUCAACGCCUCCUACCCCGGAUCUUGUCAAGCUUUUUGCCACUCUGGCCACAGCAGACAACGACAAGGAAAGACUCGAAACACUAGCAUCGAAUCUCAAAGCCUACGAAGAAUGGAAAUAUGAAAAGUGGCCCAACAUGGUAGAGUUUCUGGAGGAAUUUCCCUCAGUGAAGUUACCCCCGACACUUGUCCUGACGCAGUUCCCCCUCAUGCAGCCAAGAGCUUAUAGCAUAAGCUCGUCUUUGGAAGCAUACCCGAAAGAAUGCCAUGCUACCAUUGCUGUUGUCGAGUUCAACACUGGAAAAGACAACAACAUGCACCGUGGCGUUUGCUCAAAUUGGCUCAAUGGACUCAAAGAGGGCGAAAUAGUGCCAUGUUACACAAAGUCUGCGCCAUCAUUCCAUUUACCAGACGACCCCCUCAGCCCGAUCAUCAUGGUAGGCCCUGGUACUGGCGUGGCUCCCUUCAGAGGUUUCUGGCAGCAUAUCUCCAAGUCCAGGAAGAGUGGCGAAGACUGCGGCGAUGGCAUCCUUUACUUCGGUUGUCGGCAAGAUAAGGUAGACAACAUCUACAGGGAUGAGAUAGCAAACCUCAUCAAGAAUGGUCACCUAAAGCAAGCUCACAUUGCCCUGUCCAGGGAGCCAGACAAGCCAAAGACCUACGUCCAAGAUCUACUUGAAAAGACUGGUGAAGACGUAUACGAACUACUCAACGAGAAACGUGGCCAUUUCUACGUAUGUGGUGACGUUGCCAUGGCAGCCAAUGUGAUGAAAACACUUGAAGACAUUGUGGUGAAAGAAGGCAACAUGGACAGGAAUGAAGCGCAGAGUUUUAUCAACAAUCUAAAGGAACUUGGACGACUCCACGAGGAUAUCUUCGGCGUGACCUUGAAGACAACAGAGGUCAAUGAGAGGCUUCGGAAAAAAGCUAUGUCGGCAUGGCAUCACCUAAAGGCAGCCACGAUGCUGCGAGCUGCCCUGAAGGAUGAUUCGCCAAAGCUCAUCAGAAAAUUGGUGCCAUCUUCAUCACAAGGGGAGGUCCCUAAACCGCCCAAGCAACAUUCAGCUCUCUCGAAAGUGGUAGAGAAGUAGGAUGCGAGAAUGAUUUGACAGCAUCGUGGAGGUGUUUGCCCCCGAAGUGGCACAGAUGAGAGCCAUUCGUCGCACUAUCGGGUGGAACAAGCUAAUGGCAGACCUGAAUCGCCAAAGAAGCCACAAGCUACUGCUAAAGAUACAUGGGGCUGACUUCCCUAGAUGGCUCAGAGUUUCCUCCAUGACCUUUAAUGUCGUUCGAAAUUUUAAUUCGAACUUUCGUGAGGAUUGUAAAUCACCCGAGAAGAAGUCUGUAGAUGUCCACAGUCAUUUUAAGAUUGAGCAUGACGGUCAUCCAUUGAUACCUUCAUGACGGGAUAUAAAGCCAACUCAACUUUUUGUUUCUUGUGGAUUCGCACAAAUCAUUUUGUUAACUUGUCAUCACUUUAAUUUAGUUGCCCAUUUGUUAUUUGAUAAUCAAGUUAAAAUGGUGAGUACCGGAAAUUUAUCGUUCUUCCACACUUUCAUACGAAAACAAAGCAGCAUUCUCCUUCUUUUGCAUCUAACCCCACUAUCCAGAAAAACAAAUUAU